GAUGAUAAUAAUAAUAAAAAUAUUUAAAAAAACAAAGUCCAUUAUAUAUUUCCGUAGAGAACAAUCCAGGUGGAGAAGCCAGUGAAAAUGAAUAGACAAAAUGAAGAAGAGCAGUAGUCUCCCAUCAGGAGAGACACUGCCUGAUGAGGAGGAAUCUUACUAUGGUGAACGGGCUGUUGGGUUCCUGUGUGUCCUCAUGCUUUCUAUCUCAACUGUGCUGCUUGUCCUGUAUUAUUUGGAAUCACAAGAAGUAGCAGCAAAGAUCAAUGCUAUGCAUAGGAUUCGGGAAUUCAUGGUCAGUCGAAAUCAGUCCUUUGAACACAUGAAUGAUUCAGCAAUACUCAAUGAAGCUCAGAAGUUACUGCAGGAAGUGGUCAAGAUAGAUUCUAAAAUUUUUGAAUUACAGCUAUCAAUUGACGCUUUCAUUGAAAGGAUAUCCACUGGGUGGAAGCAACAUGAUGGCCACCUCUAUUACCUCGACGCUUAUGAAACGGCAUUUUUUUAUGCCCGAAGGGCAUUACCUACAAUCCCUAAUAAGAAGGCUUCUGAGUUGCCCCAGCAAAUCCGUUCCACUUCCCUGUGGGGAGGAGUUGCGGUGGACCGCGCAGCCACCCACUCUCCUCCAGGGACAGGGGACGAAGUCCCGCCUUACCCAGGGGAUCCUCGUCAUGUCAUCGACCAGCCGGCCAAUCCGGCAGCUGGUGGGGGCGUGGCUGGGAACAUUUAA